UUUGAAAGUCCAUCUUGGAAUUUAGCGCCGGGCCCGGGUGAUGGUUUGGAGUGUUCCUCCGUGAUUGUUGUUGUAUUUGAUUUUUUGUAUAGUUACAUGUCCUAACGCGCUUGUGAUAACUGUCCGAACGAACUGCUCAACGGUCAACAUGAAGCCUGUGCGAACAAGGAAUCUUCCGAAAAAGACCCCUUCAAAGACCAAAAGCUCAUCCAAAGAUCCUGUUCAAGUGUUUUGUCGACUUCGGCCCAUGCAAAAUGAAUCUGACCAAGCAUGCAUGACAAUAAUAUGUCCACGCUCUAUCCAAGUUACACCUCCUGAUACCUCAGCUAACUACAGGGCUGGUUCUGCCAAAGAUGUCAUUUACUCUUUUCAAAGGGUAUUCGAUGAAGCUGUUGGUCAGAAAGAAAUCUUCGAAACUGUUGGUUUACCUCUUGUGAAAUCACUGUUAGAGGGCCGUAAUGGCCUAUUGUUUGCCUACGGAGUUACCGGCAGUGGUAAAACUUACACCAUGAAUGGAGGACCCCAGGAUGGCGGUAUCAUGCCCCGUUCCCUUGAUGUUUUAUUCAACAGUAUUCAUAAUUACCAGGCAAAGAAGUAUACAUUUAAGGCUGAUAAAAUGAAUGGGUUUGAAAUCCAAAGUGAUGUAGAUGCUCUAAAAGAAAGGCAGCAGGAACUUAUAAGAAAUCUCGAAUCAAGACCAACUAGAACACCAAGAAAAAAUUCAGACCCAGAAAUAUUUUGUCGUCAGCCAGACACCACCCAGUUAGAUCUACCUUGUGAAGAUAACACAUAUGCCGUGUUUGUGACAUACGUUGAGAUCUAUAACAACAGUGUUUUUGAUCUCUUGGAAGAGAGCCAGGACUCUGUAAGCCAGUACAGACAAGUUAAAAUUUUGAGAGAGGAUGCUUUAAAGAACAUGUACGUUCAUGGAGUGACAGAAGUUGAGGUGAAAUCUCCAGAAGAAGCUUUCGAAGCAUUUUAUAAGGGGCAAAAGAAGAAGAGAGUGGCCAAUACUAUGCUCAAUGCCGAGUCAAGCCGCAGUCACUCAGUGUUCUCCAUACGUCUUGUUCAGGCCCCUUUAGACUAUCAUGGUGAAACUGUUGCUCAAGAAAAAGGGGGAAUGGUGAUAAGUCAACUCUCUCUGGUUGAUCUAGCUGGGUGUGAAAGAACUAAUAGAACCAAAAAUAGUGGUCAGCGCUUGAGAGAAGCAGGAAAUAUCAACAAUUCUCUGAUGAGUUUACGGUCCUGUUUGGAAAUAUUGAGAGAGAAUCAACUGACUGGUGCUAAUAAAAUGGUGCCAUACAGAGACUCUAAACUCACACACCUUUUUAAAAACUACUUGGAUGGGGAGGGUGAAGUUAGCAUGAUUGUUUGUGCUAACCCUCGCGCUGAAGAUUAUGACGAAACUACGCAAGUUAUGAAAUUUGCUGAAAUGAGCCAAGAGGUUCAAAUUGCCAGGCCAGUACCGGUUCGUUUGGACUUCGGUUUCACACCUGGGAGAAGGAAAGCUAACCAGGUUUUCCGCACUGCUGUUAAACAGUUAGAAGAAGAAGGGUUUAAUGAAAAUAUUCCUAUUGAUGUGGAUAUUGUGUACAGUUUGUCGUCUGAAUUCCCUUCCAUGGAUAUUCUGGGGCCAGAGGGUGGAAAGGUCUUAACAGAACUAAAAGCAUUCUUACAGGAAAGGAUUAAACAAAGAAGCUUGCUUGGUAAAGAUCUCUUACUUAAACAAGAGCAUUUCAGAGCACUCCUGGCGAAAGUUGAACAAGAAAACAUUCUUGUAAAACAAGAAAGCAUUACACAGCAAGCUCAACUUGAUCAAGAGCGAAAUAGAAUGCGAAAUUUAACUGUGAAGCUUGGAUCUGUAGAACGUCAAAAUUCAACUCUCCAAAGACGUUUUGAGGAACAAGAACACAAGAUUAGCAUUCUCCAACAAGAAAAGGCAGAUUUGGAAAUGGCUUUGUCCCAAAGUGCGAUAGACAAACAAAAAGUCAAAUCCAGGUAUAAUGCAAAGGUGGCUAUGGAAACAGAAAAAAUUUCUCAUGUCUUGGAAAAAAAAUUAGAAAAAGACAGGCAACAACUGCAAAACGCAAUUCGUGCAAAGGAUGAAAAGCUGCGACGGGUCCGGCAUGCUCUCAAGGAAGAUAUUCCCCCAUCCAGUGCAUCCUCAACUUCUAGCCUAGCUAAUGUCACAUCAAAGUCUGAUGGUGGUACUACCCAGUCUUCCAGUGCUUUGCCCAAGACUCCAAGUGCUGAUUCUAGAAGGAUGGGUUUGGCUCUGAGGAAUCCUCGCCAUCGUAGAUCCCGCUCUGUGGAAGGUACAGGUAAGUGGCUUGACCAUUGUCCUGCCACCCCUGUUCCUUUGAGCACUGUGUUUCAGCCCAACAUGAAGAAACGCAAGUCUGUUACAAAGCUUACUGAUGUAAAAGACAUUACCAAAGGGACAGAGCGAUACUGUUUAACCACUCAAGAGCAGGAUACAGAUGGGGAGUUAGAAACUCGACUUUACAAGGGUGACGUUGUGCCCACAUGCAGUGGGGGAGCUCAAGUGAUCUUCAGUGAUGUUGAACUUCUGAAACAGUCAUCUCCUACCGGUAAUGCCGCCGGUCCUACCACUCGCAAAAGGAGCGCCCGAAUGUCAGGAGUUGAUGUAGCUGAACGAUGCCUCACCGCGGUUGAGGGUCAUGGGAAGAGGCCUCACAUUUCAGGAAAGCAUUAAGUAGUUUUGGGAUCAUGGUCCAAUGUCACCAAAAAACUAAUCUGUCUGCUUUCAUUUAACAUGCCUCAUGCCUCUUAGUGAGAUUAGCUCUUUGGUGACAUUGGGUCCCUUAAUAACGUCAUUAGAUUCUGAAAAGAAAUUCUCUUAUUUUUAUGUGACAUUGUCAUAGCUAGAAUGCAUUGACGGUUUGCAUUGUAUAAAAUUGCUUAGCUCUAAGUAUUUAUAAUAUAUGUAUUCAGUUUUAUAUAAUCCUAUACAGCCAUAGCUGUUUGCUAGAUGUCGGUAAACAGACUUGCCUAACCAAUCAGACAUUUCUUUUAAUAUUUUAAGUACAGUGUAUUGUUAGUCAAUAAUUUUGGUGGCUUGUGCUUGCGUGUGUUCUAAAACUCGAUUCUUUUGUAGGUUGUGGUAUAUUCAGUAUUGCUUUCUGUGUCCUUGUGUUUUAACAACACAUAGGCUUAAUCAAUUCUUACUUUAUACUUUGUAUGUAAAAUAUUUUUAGCCACUGUGAUCAAACAUGCUACGGCUGUGCCUCUGUGCUGAACAAAGGCGUGUGGUGCAGCCGGAUUUGUGUAAAUGUUUCCCUAUUAUCGCAUUAAACGAAAUUCAUUUUUA